AUGUCAGCUGCUCUGAAACCUAUUCAUAUCGACGAGUUCAAGAUAGUCAUAAAAUCCAUAACAGAUGCAGAAAUUGCGUUAUUGGGUAAACAAAUUCACAAUUCCAUCGACAGGCUGGAGAGGUCGAAUUUCAUAAUGCAAGCCUUACUGCAGAAAGCGAAAGGGCAAGAAGUAAAAGAGGCUUUUGAUGAAGAAGAAUUCGAUACUGGUGAACAAGAUGAAGAGGACCUGAAAGUCUACAGUGAUAGCAUUAGGGAAAACGAGAUUGUUCUGGACAACCUCCAUAAACGGGUUGAAGCCCUUGAUGAUGAGUCCCUCAACAGAGACAUCACUCCACCAACCAAACCACCAAAUGUUAAGCCAGCUCUCAAGAAAGUUGAAGUUGAUGCUGAUAAUGACAUUAUCGACUCGAAUGCCCCAAACAGUGUAUUUUUAUGA